AUGGAACCAUUGAAGAAGUUGGAGUGCUUUACCGGACGUUUUGAAGACAUCAGUGAAUUCAAUAAGUUCAUCUCCUCAAUGCAACAAAGUAAGAAAAGUCUCAUCAAGUACGAGUUACAGGUGGGCUCAUAUUAUGGGGAUGUGGAAAGAGAUAAAGUAUUAACAAUUGGAGGAGUCCACAAUUGGGAAGAUGAGUUAAUUAUGCACCCAAUUGAAAUUCAAGAGUUGAAUAUUAUUAUGUGCGACUAUUUGAGAAGCUUAGUCGAUGAUAAUUCUUCUUUCACAAAUGCGAUUGACUUGAGGGUUUGUAGGAUUUGGAGGUGCGAAGGGAUAAAGUGUGUUGUUUCCCUGUCCUCUUUUGCCUCUUCUUCCGCUCAUCCAUUUCAGACCCUUGAGGUGUUGGAUCUUUAUGAACUGCCAAAGUUGAGUGCCCUUAUUAUGAAAGAUGAAGGAAUUGGUUCAGCAACAACAUCAACAUUGGCUCCGUCUGCCACCUUUUCCCAUCUUAAGGAAAUUACGAUAUCCAAAUGCUCAAUUAUGAAGACGUUGCUUCCACAUUGGUUGCUUCCAGACCUCCAAAACCUGGAAGAAAUAUCAGUGAAUCAUUGUGAUGAGAUAGUAGAAAUAUUGGGAGCACCAACAUCAGAAGUUGAAGAAAAAGGGAGUGAUGCAUUAAUCAAAUUCCAUCUUCCCAAAUUGAGAGAGUUGUCAUUCUGGGAAUUACCAAAUUUGAAGAGCAUUUGCAGCAAAAGUGGAGUGAUGGUUUGUGAUUCUCUCCAACUUAUCCAAGUUGUGGGAGAUUGUGAUAAACUGAAGAGAAUUCCUCCAUUUGUUCCCCUUGUUGGCAAUGGGCAGCCAUUUUCAUAUGCUCCACCUUCUCUUACCAUCUUCUCAAGCACAGAAUGGUGGGAAUCGUUGGAGUGGGAUGACCAUUCAAACUUUAAAAAUGUUCUUCAACCCCUUUGGAAGCUUUUAAGAGAAAGAUAAAAGCGUUGGUGGGAAAGAAGUAGGGGGGAGGAUAGUGCAAAAGAGAGGAGAAAAGGAAUGAUGGAAGGAAGAGGUUAAGAGCAUUGAGACUAAGAGGCUAAGGAGUAGAAGGCAUAUUGUACCAAGUCAAAAAUCAAUAACAAUUCAAAACCAAAUAAGGGCUGCACAGUCGCCGCCAUAACAAGAGAGUAGGACAAC